AUUCAACCAAAGAAUGUACAGCCUGGGUUGAAAUGCAGCAGAUCGCAAACAGAAACCGGCGGCCUGGGGCUUUCAGGCGACGCCGUGUCCCGGGCAGUAGAGCACACCAGGCUUGCCUCCACUGUAAAGAUAAGAAACUCAAGUGCGAUGAUAGAGUCCCGAGCUGUGGUAACUGCGAGCGGCUGGGCAUAACUUGCUUGGUCUUUGAUGCACAAUCCAAAAGAUCACGACCUCGGAAUUAUCUUGAGAUGCUCGAGGGACGCGUCGCGAGCCUCCAAAGUCACGAUCAAGCUCCCUCACCUCAAUCCACGCUAGUAGCAGCAAGCAACGAUGAGAGCACGUCAUCAAUCCCCUACACACCCGAGGGACGAGAUGCCACCAGCGACUUGUCUUCUAGAGUGGGCAUGCUUGACUUUCGCACCACGCAGACGGAGCCGCAGUACCUAGGCUCUUCAUCUUCAUUUGCAUUCUCCCGCAUCAUUAACCUUUCUCUCAGUAGCAACCUCCCCACUGCGCCUGCACUGGCUCACCUCAGCGAUAGGCGCAGCUCGCCGUCUCCAUGCCUGCUACCAGACUAUGACGUCGCCGUUAAGCUGAGUGAUGCCUACUUCAAACAUAUCCAUCCCCAGUAUCCAUUCCUACAUGAACCGACUUUUAGAACUUGGGAGGCAAUGCUCUAUGAUUCGUCGCAAGACUUUACUGAGACUGGGUUCUCUUUCACACCGUUAUUCUUUCUCAAUAUGGUAUAUGCUGUCGCUGCGCUACUCUUACCAAACACUCAGUCCUUAGCCGGCCAGCUUUACAUAUCUGCUCAACUAUAUACCGAUGUACUAUCGAAGGAUAAUAUUGAAUCCAUUCAAGCUCUGUUGUGCUACGCUAUGUACUCUCUCCGCUCCCUUGAAGGACCAUCUUUAUGGAAAAUCUCUGGUCUGGCACUACGACAGUGCAUUGAAUUAGGGUAUCAUCGCGGAGUUAAGCAGUUUGCACCCGCCGCGAACUUACUCCAACAGGAGAUGCGCAAGAGAGUUUUCUGGGUCGCCCAGGGUAUAGACUGCACUGUUGCUGUACGGCUGGGGCGGCCUUUAGGUAUUCCACCUCAAGAAAUCGAUGCUGAGUUCCCGUCAGACGUGGAUGACUCUGCUAUCACUGACACUGGUAUCUUGGGCUCUCCAAGAAACCAUUCCAGCCAGCCAACAACAUCGAUGUCUACCGCCAUUCACGUAUUCAAGUUACGUUAUCUCUGGGCUCGCAUACACACAUCACUGUUUUCAGACACCGUACGCCUAAGCAUUGACGAUCAUAUGUACCAUGCUCGAAUCGAACAGCUACGAGUAGACCUGGACACGUGGUUGACAAAUGCCCCUCAAGCACGACCCCAUGAAAGUGAUGACUUGUCUAUAUUUGCCAAAAAAGCAUGGUAUGAAACCAAUUACAGCCACACAAUACUUCUUCUCUAUAGGGGUCAGCUUGUAGAGUAUAAAGAAUCACUCCAGAAGAUCUUCGAGGACUGCAUCGAGGCGUCGAGAAACAUCUGCCAAACAUAUCGUCGGCUGUACAUAGGCACGGCUAUAAGGUACACAUGGGGUACUCUGCACUGUCUGUUCUUAGCAGGAUUGACUUACUUGCAUUGCUUAUGGACGUCACCGGCAGCAUGGGACUCAAUUCGACCAGAAGAUGUCAGCAAGACAUGUACGGAUUGUACAAUGGUUUUGGUGGCGAUCGCUGAGGGCUGGCAAGCUGCUGCCCCAUAUCGUGAUACGUUUGAAGCUCUAGCGAGUCGUGUCAUCGCAAUGGUAUUCAACAAGAGCCGCGCUGUGCAGGCAUCUUUUCCUCCUCCCAGUGUGGCUGAAACUAGGGAGCCAGAUACAUGGGGUCACUGGAUUAAUGAUAUGGCAAAUACCGGAGUUCUGGAAGGGGUCGAUGGACUUUUGGCAGGAUUCAUUGGCGAUUUAACGACACAGAUUAAUUCAUAAGGAAGGAAAGUCUCG